AAUUUGUGGAGUUGUUGUACAUAUUGAGCAUAAUAAUAUUCUUUCAGGUCGCGAGUCAUUUUCCCCCAAGGUGACUGGAUAUUGCGCAUCUGUUUCUUUAAGUACAAAUGAGGUCAUCUCUUUAAACCCGUCAUUGUGCACAGAGUGGAAACAGUUUGCAUGCUAUUCUUCAGGUAAGAAUAACGACUACAGCUGCCAAGAGGAUGUGUGUGUUUCUACGGAGAAGAUUCCGUGGACGACAGCUAAGGAGUCAUGUACCUUACUUAAACUAACAAAUUCAACUAAUGACAACCUCAAAGUACUCAUUGGAAGCGACGACUACUGGAUUGGCUUACGCGCGAUGUCUUCAAGUAAAUGGCUGAAUGGUAACGACGCCCAUGGCUAUGAAGAUAUAGUUCCUUCAGAGAACGUUGUAGACCCAAAAUGCUUAACCGUAUAUACAUCUUUGAUAUCCCCCAGACUGCGCCUUGAAUGGGCGAAUUGCAAUGGACGCCACAGACACAUAUGCAAUAUUGCGAGAAGCAUGACGAUACAGAUGGCGACAGGUAGAACAACAAGCAAGUCUCAAUCAACACAUUAUUCUAUAACAAAACAUAUGAGGACAACAUCCCAAACUUGGACAUCAUCGAAGAAGACCAUGAGUGAGAAAUCUGACACCUCGGAGAGCAAUUACGGUGUGUUUAUAGCAGUCGGGAUUGGAAGUACGGUACUUCUUACAGCCAUCGUUGUUUUGUGCCUGCUGAGAAGGAAAGGGAGGUGUUUCAAAAGAAAGGAUGACAUGCAGCAGAUCCGCUUCAACGGGACCGCUCAGGUUCAUGGUAUGGGGCAUGACACUGCAGAAUAUUCUGUCAUUGGUGGCAUUACAGAUACAUGUGUUAUGAAGUCUACAGACUGUCCUUCCAUUGACCCAAGUACAUGUAUAACACAGAACACUCGACCUGACAACUCCACCACAGACCCUGGGAAAACUGGGGAGUGUGACUAUAACAUUCUACAAGCACGAACUCAACAUGCUGUUCCGGAGACGCGUGGAAACCCUUACAGUCAUCUUGCGGGACCAGAUAGAUUUACAUGCAAAGGGGACUACGACACUGCAGAACAUAUUAAAGCUUCCAGGACUACUGGAUUGGAGAUCACAGUUGCACACACAGGACCUGCAGUGCGGAGACAGACCUGUGACGAGGAGGGACAGUACAACGUCCUCCGUCACUACACGUCCCAAGGACGGGAUGGUGUUGAUGCUGGUGUGUAUGAUCACGUAGGAUCGGGCGAGGGAGAUUAUGACACGACACAUCCAAUUAAGAACCCAAGAGAAGAUGAUGCGUACAGUCACAUUGUCAAAGUUAACAACUGAUUCGAAUAAACCGACCCGCCGGUGCUAACAGGAAACGCGUGUGAUACUUAGAAACCCAUUUUAGGAGCUGUGGGGGUAGUCUAGUGUUGGUGAGGUAGCCAGGCCGAGGAUCUGAGUUCGAUUCCUAACAUGGUACAAUGUGUGAGGCCCAUUUCUGGUAUCCACCACCGUGGCUUGGCCUAAGUAUGGCUCGAAGCGGCGUACAACCAUACUCAUCUACUAACUGAAUCAUACUUAUAGAAGAUUUACAGCAUAGUUUUCAAGGGCGCAAUCUCAGUUUGCGCCACAAUUCCCAACACUACAACUCCAUUCAUGACUCCAUGUAUCUACAAACAAAGUACUGUUUACAAAUGGGCUUGGGGAUCCCUGUUGCAUACACAUUGUUAGGUAUGUUUCCGAAAGAAAUGUCUUUCUAUUUUCUUAAUUACUGAUCAUUUGUACAGAUGUGAUGUACUCUCAUUUUGGAUAUUUACGUUUUUCUCGCAAGAACCUAUAUGCCGACAUUUUCAGGAAUAUGUGUUACUCUGUGUUAUGUGUUUAUCUGGUUAUUUUCUUUGUUCUCAUACAUAUGUAUGCCUGAAUUUGAUUCGUAAUUUUAUUUGUAGCUCGUGUUAUGCAUAAGAUAAGUAGUGAUAUAGACCGAUAUGAUGUACACUGCAGUUUGUAACAUGUAUACUUUCACAGUUUGUGUGAUAUUUUGCUAUAUUUCUACAGUACCAUGCAAACUGUAUACAUAAGUAUAAUGAAAGAUUUCUUGAUUGUUCCAACAAUAAACUUUAUAUUGUACAGCA